AUGAAGGCGGCAAGGCAAUUGGGUAAUCUAUUUUGGAGAAGUGGAGACAAGUACACUCCAAUCUCAAAUGCACUAUCUUCUCCAGCUAACAGGAAAGAUCUGCAGAAAAUCCACUCUCUCCUGAUCACUCUUGGUUUGCAGAACUCUGCAACCUUCUUAGGCAUAUUGAUCACCAAAUACUCCCAAUUCAAAGAUACUCAUUCCGCUUUAUUAGUUUUUGGUGGGAUUUCUCCUCAAAACGAUGUCUAUGUGUGGAAUACGAUCAUUAGAGCGAUGACCCACAACAGUUGCUACACAAAAGCAUUAGAAUUUUACGCGGAAAUGAGAGAAUUGGGGGUGAAGCCUGAUAAUUACACAUUCCCUUCUGUGAUCAAUGCUUGUGGGAGUUUGGUGGAUUUUGAGAAAGGGAGAGUUGUUCAUGACCAUGUUGUGGAGUUGGGUCUUCAAUUUGAUAUGUAUAUAAGUAAUGCCCUGAUAGAUAUGUAUGCAAGGUGUAAUGAAUUUGGGCGUGCUCGGCUAGUGUUUGAUGGAAUGCUCCACAGAGAUAUUGUAUCUUGGAACAGUUUGAUUUCUGGAUAUGCUUCUCAUGGCUACUUCAAGGAAGCAUUGGAAGUUUAUCAUCAACUGAGAAUGGUUGGUUUGUUGCCUGAUUCAUUUUCAUUAUCGAACGCCUUACUGUCUUGUGGCGGAUUAGGGGAGGUUGUAGAGGGUGAAGUAGUUCACUCCUUGGUUGAGAAGCUUGGAACAUGUAGAGAUGUAAAUGUCAGCAAUGCAUUGCUGGCGAUGUAUUGUAAGUGUGAUGUGCUGGCUAACUGCAGGAGGAUUUUUAGUGAGAUGGUUCAUCGAGAUAGUGUCACAUGGAAUACCAUUAUUAGUUCAUAUUUCGAAUCAGGUUUGUAUCAUGAGUCGAUGAGGUUAUUCUUGGAGAUGGUGAGACAUUCUAAACCAGAUAUUUUGACAAUCACAUCCGUUCUUCGUGCUUGUACCUGUGUUGGGGACUUGAAUAUGGGAAGAUAUGUCCAUGAUUACAUGGUUAACAAUGGAUAUGAGUGCAAUAUAAUGGCCACUAAUAUUGUUAUCAACAUGUAUGCAAAGUGUGGUGAUGUGUUCCAAGCAAGGCAAGUGUUUGAAAACACCAAAAACCAGGAUUUGGUGUCAUGGAACUCACUUCUUGAUGGAUAUGUUGAAAAUCAGUUGUAUCAGGAAGCAAUAGAGUUUUUCAGGAAGAUGAGGACAAAUUUUCAACCUGAUUUUGUCACAUAUGUGACACUACUUUCUAUGUCUUCUGGACUAACAAACCUGAAUUUGACUGAGGAACUCCACUGCGAUAUAAUAAAACGAGGGUUUGGUUCCACUCAAAUUGUUGGUAACGCUCUUGUGGAUGUGUAUGCCAAAUGUGGAAAAGGAGAGGAUUCUUUCAAACAGUUUGAGAGUAUGAAAUUUCGAGAUACAGUUACAUGGAACUCAAUAAUUUCAUCAUGCAGUCACUCUGAUAGCCGUAUUCUUGGUCUUAGAAUGCUUAGCAAGAUGAGAUUAGAGGGGAUAAUACCAGAUAUACCUACUUUUCUAAAUUCAUUGCCUUUGUGUUCUUAUCUCAUGGCCAAGCGACAAGGGAAGGAGAUGCAUUGCUGCAUUUUCAAAUUUGGUUUUGAUUCCAAUAUUCCUAUUGGAAAUGCUUUGAUUGAAAUGUACUCGAAUACUGGGAGCUUAAGAAAUUCAAUACUGGUGUUUGAGAAAAUGAAAGAGAGGGAUUUAGUUUCAUGGACGGCAAUUAUUUCAUCAUAUGGGAUGUAUGGUGAAGGAAGAAAAGCUCUUGAAGCUUUUGAGCACAUGAAGGCAGCUGGUAUUCUUCCAGAUCAUAUUGUCUUCAUUGCUGUUCUGUACGCAUGCAGCCAUUCUGGUUUGGUGCAAGAAGGUCGUAUUUGCUUUGAGCAAAUGAAGAGAGAACACAAUAUUGUGCCUAGGAUGGAACACUAUGCCUGCAUAGUUGAUCUUCUAUCAAGGUCUGGCCUCUUGGCUGAAGCCGAGGAGUUCAUUUCUUUAAUGCCAUUGAAGCCUGAUGCAAGUAUAUGGGGAGUACUACUCAGUGCCUGCCGAGCCAAUGGAGACAUGAAGAUUGCAGAACGUGUUGCAGAACGCGUUCUUCAACUAGAUACUAGUGAUCCAGGAUAUCAUGUUUUGGCCUCAAAUGUAUAUGCUGCCUCGGGAAGGUGGGAUCAAGUGGGAGUGAUAAGGAAAUCCUUCAAAGCUAAUGGACUCAAAAAAGACCCUGGUUGUAGUUGGCUGGAGAUUUCCACACUGUCGCAAAAUACAUAUCAAAAAUCAUGAUUUGGAAAUACUAGUCAGAGAUGCAAGCCACUUUCAUCUAUAAAAGGACAACCUGUUGCUGUAGCCUGUAGGUAUUAUUGGUGAUUGCAUCCCACAUAUGAACCUUUUAUUGCAGAAGAUCAUCUGUAUGGUACUAGACCAUGGAAAGGCAGACAAAGUAAGUGCUUGGUAUAAAAUUCCAUCUUGUUAUUAUGACCACCUACCUGAAGGUCAAUUAUCUCUUCCAGUAUGCUGAUCAAGUUGCCCAUCCACCCAAAUGCAAGAUCAACAUAGCCAAUGGCCUCGCCUCCAAAAAAAUUCUUACCCUUUAGCUGCUCUUCUAGGAAUUUCAGAUUCUCCGUCAGUGGACCAAUAGCCUCCUCUUGGUCUUUUCCCUCAGAGGUGAAGACCCUCCAUGCCGAUGGCAUAACCUGAUUUUCACAAAGUGUAGGAGAACGGGGACCUUCUUGUGCACAGGAUUGUACUCGAGGAGUGAAGCACUCUUUUUUGUCAUAUCCUCCAGUACUGUUUCGUACUCCAAGCCUUUAAUCUUCAAAGCAUGUACCACCCUCAAAGCAUAAGGACUUGACCAUGUCCUCAGCAGCUUCAGAUCUUCUGCCAUUUUCCCUUUGACAGAUGGUAGACCUCCUAUUGUGGCUGCUGAACAUAUGAUCAUCCCUGCGAUCAUGGCCCGUGCAGCAUGUUUGAUCCCGUGCAGCAUUUCGCUUAGACUUAUCUCCAAAAGGGCAGACAGUUUCCAUUUUAAGGUUGGUGAUGCUCCCUUCAUUCACACACCAAAUCUCUAGCAGCAAAUCUAUAAGUUUCUAAAAAUAUCCAUAUAAUUUUUUUCCUUACCAAACUAGUACAUUCUAAAUUAUGUAAAAGCUUUCUAAUUAGCA